CUUUAACCUCUAUCUUUCUCGCCUCUUUCACUCACUUUCGUUCUCUCCUCUCUCUCUCUCUCUCUCUCGAUCUCACCGCAAACACAGCUUUCUCCUCCAACGGCGAAAUCAAAAUCCCAAAGCAAACAAAAGCUCUCUCUCCAAAACCCUCUCUCUCUCCUCAUCUUUUGACGCAUCCUCCUCCCUCGAAGUCGGUUGUUUUCAAUCCUGCCAUGGCUGAAGGGAAGUUCAAUCUGCCUGACGAUCUCAUCUUGUCCAAAUCCUCUGACCAGUUGAAAGAAUUGGCGUCCGAUAACUCCAUUCCGUUGUCUCCACAGUGGCUUUACUCCAAAUCUAAGGAGAGCAAGAUGGAUGUUCGAUCUCCUACUCCUGUGGCCCUAGGAAAUCCAAGUGACCCGAAGCUCAAGGAUGGGUGGCGCUUGGAUGCACCUGAGGACAAAAAGGACUGGAGGAAAACUGCGCUGGAGAAUGAAGCUAGUGGCAAAUGGCGUGAAGAGGAAAGAGAAACUGGUGGUUUACUCGCUCCUAGGAAAGGUGAUCGGAGAAAACCAGAGCGUCGCAUUGACAAUGUCUCAACCAGAGAAACCGGCGACGGUAAAAACCUUGCUUCUUCUGAUAGGUGGCAUGAUGCUAACUCUCGUGCUGCUGUACAUGAACCUCGGCGCGACAACAAGUGGUCGUCUAGGUGGGGUCCUGGAGACAAAGAGAAAGAAACCCGUUGUGACAAGGCAGAUGCUAUCAAGGACAAGGAAGAGCCUCAGAGUGAGAGUCAGUCUGUGGUUGGUAGCGUCCGUGCAACGUCUGAACGGGACGCUGACCCUCGUGACAAAUGGAGGCCACGUCAUAGGAUGGAACCUCUGUCUGGUGGGCCCGCUUCUUAUCGUGCUGCACCUGGGUUUGGACUUGAUAAAGGACGAACCGAGGGCCCAAAUUUAGGGUUCACCGUUGGCCGAGGAAGGGCAUCUGCAACUGGGAGGGGUUCCUCAACUACCUUUGUUGGUGCUGGAGGAUUCUUAAGAAAUGAAAGUAUCCCUGGUAACCCAGCCUCACUGGGUCGGUAUCUAAGGUGUAAGUUUCUUGACAUAUAUAGAAAUCAGAAGCCUGACCCUUCCCUCGGUAGUAUGCCGUCUGAGAUGGAGGAAGUUGACUCCAUAACUCAAAUGGCUUUGACCGAACCUCUUGCUUUUAUCACACCUGAUACUGAAGAAGAGGCAAGCCUUAACGGCAUAUGGAAGGGAAGGAUCACUAGUAGCGAAGCUCACACUGCGGAAGAGUCCUUAGGUGAAAACAGUCUGGCUGAGACAAAAGUAGAUGGUGCUUUGCUAGGGGUUGUGGAUGGUGACAAUGGUUCCAUACUUGGUAGUAAUUCAGGAUUACUUGGCAGUCAUAAUGGAGUUCCGUGUGGUACUUCAAACGUCUCAAGACCGAGUUCAGUGGCCUCUGAAAGUUAUCAAGUUUCUCAUGGAAGUCCUGAAGCAGUUAAAUCUGCUUUUACUAAAACCUCUAUGUUGGAUGCGAGUGGUCCCCUUGUUACUUCUUUUGAGCAAGACUAUACAGGCAAGCUGCAGCAACCAGAUAUUGAAGUGAAUCAGUCCGAAGGGGCUAUGCCAUCUGAGGAGCUUUUGUUCUCGUAUAUUGAUCCUCAAGGAGUGAUUCAGGGACCGUUCAUUGGAUCUGACAUUCUUUCAUGGUUUGAACAAGGGUUUUUUGGGACAGACCUACAGGUCCGGUUGGCAAGUGCUCCAGAAGGAACUCCUUUUCAAGAUCUAGGCAGUGUCAUGUCAUAUUUAAAGACAGAAAGUAUUCAAGCUCAUAUCAAUGAUCUAAUGACUGAGCGAGAAGAUACUAGUCGAAAAGAAAACUCCGAGACUGGUUUAUCAGUUGUACCUGUAGCAGAAUCUAAUGGUUUAUCUUCUAUAACUGGCUCGUCGCUCCCAUUUCCUGAGUAUAACAACCCCUCCGCUCACGAUAAUUUUCAUAGAAAUUCUGAGUCAGAAGCUUAUGCGAAACUACCACAUGCUGAUGACCGUUUCGUGGACUUUUCAGUACAAGAUGAAGAAAUCGUAUUCCCAGGAAGAGCUGGAGUUUCUGGUUAUGGAUCAGUAAAAUCCUCGACAAGUAUGCAUGAUGCUUUAAUGCAUUUCCCUGGCCGCUCUGAUAUUCAUGUUGAAUCAAAUAAGGCUGCUACUCGAACUCAGAAUGAGAACAAGCUGCACCCGUUUGGUGUGCUGUGGUCUGAGUUAGAGAGUGGUAAUACACCAGUUAAUCAGUUACCUAACAGGUCAUAUGGUGCAAUGGGGGAGGCUACUGGUUCAAUAGACAAUUGGCCCAUCGAUUCUCGAGGAAAUCCACAUGUUGACCCCAACAUGUCCCUUGAUACUCUGGCGGCUAGCCAGAUGCCGCAGUUUGAACAUGAAUUCAACCGCUUUAACCUUGGGGAUCAAUUUCCAUCAAAUCAACAUCGUCAACAGCAAUUCCAAAAUCAGGAUAUGCUGUCGCAUUCACAUAUAGCUGAUCAGGAUCUGGAGCAUUUAUUAACUCUGCAGUUGCAGCAGCAACAGAAAAUUCAAUUGCAGCAGCAACAGAAGAUUCAGUUGCAGCAGCAGAAGUUUCAGUUGCAACAGCAGCAGAAGAUUCAGUUGCAACAACGUCAACUGGAACAAGAGCAUCAGUUACAUCAGAAUCUCUUACAGGAGCAACAACAGUCCCAUGCUCGACAGUUACAUUUGCAACAGAUUCUACAAGGUCAAGCUUCUGAUUCAAGGUUUGGGCAGUCGCAUGAUUUCCGCCGGUCCAAUAGUGUUGAUCAGAUAUUGUUAGAACAGCAGCUUAUGAAUGAAUUGCAGAAGAGAUCUGGCUAUCCGCCCCAUGAUUUUGCACAACAUAUUGAGCAACUUGCUGCAGGAAAUUUUGGGCAGCUGCCACAUGAAGACCAUCAAAAGGAGCUUCUCGAACAGUUGUUGCAAUCUCAAUACGGACAAAUGCAAUCUCAACACGGACACGGACAACUGCAAUCUGAACAAAUCCGGUCUUUGGAGUACCAGCUACUCCAGCAAGAACAGCUUAUGCAGUUGGCAAAUGGAGCGAGGCACAAUACAUUAUUAGAGGAACAGAGACAAAUUGACCCUUUGUGGCCAUCUGACCAUAAUGAACAGCUUCUAAGAACUCAUCAUGGGAUCAACCGUUCGCACUCUUCCGCCGGAUUUAGACCGCUAGACUUUCAUCAACAGCAGCAGAGUCCACCCUUUGAAAAUCAGUUUGGUCAUCUUGAGCGUAACCUUUCAUAUCAGCAACAGCUUCGCCAGGAAUUAUUCGAUCAGGGUAUUCCAUUUGAGCGAUCAGCAUCCUUACCUGUAAGUACAUCGGGGCUGAAUCUGGAUGCUUUGAAUGGUGUUGGUCUCUCUCAGGGUCUUGAGUUUCGGGAUGCUAUUGCCCACAUGCAAUCUUCUGGCAGAUUGGGAAAUUCUGCUUCCAGUUUCAGUCAUCCGAUUCCCCGUAUACCAGUAGGUGAACCGCAGUUUUCACAAAUGGAAACAAGGCAAGAACGCUGGCCUGGAGCAGAUACACAGCUAGCUGGUGACUGGGCCGAAUCGCAAUUUCAUAGAUCAAACACGGAUGCUGAACAUCACAAAAUGAGGUCAGAAAUGAGGAGAGCCGGCGAAGAUUCCAACUCAUGGAUGGUAGAUGGGUCUUCAAACGACAAGUCAAAGCAGCUUUUUAUGGAUUUGCUCCACCAGAGACCAGGCCAUCAAUCUGUUGAGUCAUCAAGCAUGAACCCGUAUGACAGGAUGGCUCCUUCAGGCCGCGGCCUUGUGGACCACGGUGGUAGGCCGAAUGCUUCAUCUUCUUUUGGAUCGCAGGCAUUUUCUGAUGAACAACAGGUAAACAGAUUACCGAGAGAGGGGAACUAUAUGGGACCAUUGCACCGUAAUAGUUCCUUGCGGUCUGGAAUAACCGAUGGUGGGCAGUCAAUCCAGAAUGAAUCCCAGGCGUUCAGUAAUAUGUUUGGUAUGAACAAAGACGCGAAUGACAUCAAAACGUGGAACAAUGUGCCACCAAAAAAGGAGGGAACAGGAUUGAUGUCAUUUGAAGCCCAAGACAGAAUGGGCAAGCAAGCAGUAAUGGACUCCUUGGUUCAAGGCGAGGUUCCCGUUGCUACGCUUGGCAAACAGUCUUCUUUCAAUAUCUCUGACCAAUACAGUGACAACUUGGCUGGUGAUGAUAGAAGGAAGGAUAGGUUGGUAGUUCCAUCACACGGGCAGGAAUCAGUGUUGUUGAAAAGGCCUCCAUCGUCCCAUUCUUCAUCAUCGCAUGAAGGACUGCUCGAGCAUAUUUCCGAUGCAGCUAACAACAGGACAGCUAGUUCUUAUGGUGGAAUCGAAGGAGGUGGGAGACGGGAAACAGGAGCAGGAGUGGGAAACAGAGGGUCAGAGGCAUCGUUCAGUGAGAUGUUAAAGAAGAGUAGUAGCAGCAGCAUGAAGAAAGUGCCAGUGGCAGCAGAGUCAUCUUCUGAUCCAAACGAAGGAAACAAAGGCGGUGGUGGGAAGAAGAAAGGGAAGAAAGGGAGGCAGCUUGAUCCAGCUCUUCUUGGUUUCAAAGUCACUAGCAAUCGCGUUAUGGGAGAGAUUCACCGGGCUGAUGAUUUUUAAAGACUUUCUUACUCUUUUGUACAAAAUCUUUACAUGUAAAGAAGAUAAAAGAACCUUCUUCUUUGGCGUGUAUAGAUAGAUCUUUUUUCAUACACAUUUCUUCCAUUUUACAUUAGUACACAGGAAAUAGAUAGUCAAUUGUGUUU